UGUGAUAUCAAUCAAGCUGGAUGCUAGACAAUUUUGUCCCUAUAUGUUAAUAUAUGAUUCUCUAGAUCUAUCCAGAAUGCAAUAUGAAAUACAAGAGAGCCUAGAAAUAUGGGCUAGGUGUUGAUCCCAUAUUAUGACUUGGGAGAAGAGUAAAAAUAAUGGCUUGUGAUUCAAAAAGCUUUCACUUUGUGUUGGUCCAUGGAGCCUGCUUUGGAGGGUGGUGUUGGUACAAAGUUGCAGACCUCCUUAUGAAAGAUGGUCAUACUGUCUCUGCUCUUGACAUGGCCAGCCAAGGCAUUGACCCAACUGAUGCAGAUCAUAUUUCUACAAUAGAGGAGUACAAUAAGCCUCUCACAAACUUCUUUACUGCUCUUCCUUCCCAUCAUAAGGUGAUACUGGUUGGGCAUAGCGCUGGUGGCGUCAAUGUGACUUAUACCAUGGAGCGCUUCCCACAUAAAAUCGAUGUUGCUGUUUUUGUUACUGCAGUGAUGGCCCUCAGCGGAUCGACUGCCUCUGACAGUUUGAAAGAGGUUUCAUCUGGAGUUGGAAACUUGGGAGACACCACAUUUUUCUUUGCGAAUGGAGAAGAAAAUAAACCCACAUCCUUUAAGUUUGGCAAACAGUUUACACAAGAAAUUUUUAUGCAGAACACACCCUCCUCGGAUAUUUGUUUGACCGAUUCUCUGCUCAAAAGAUUUCCUCUAAGGGAAGAAGUCAUUUCCUAUUCGAAUGAAAACUAUGGACGAGUUCCCCGAGCAUACGUUGUGGCCAAAGAUGAUAAAAUUUUAUUGGAGGAAUUCCAGAGAAAAAUGAUCGCAGAGAAUCCUCCACAAAUGGUAUACGAGAUGGAAGGAUCUGAUCAUUCUCCAUUCUUCUCCAAGCCUGAUCAACUUGCUCACAUACUCCUACAAAUUGCCAGUAGAUGCCUAUGUGACUAACGUUGUGCCUUGUUUUCUUUUCAUAUUUCUUUACAUGUAUUUAUAUGAUACUUCAAAAAUCCUGUUAAGAAUAGCCUUACUAAAUAAUAACCUUAUUAUAUAUUCAUACUUAAAGUAUGUUCUCAUUAGGAAAGGCCAAGUUUAAAUAGCAUAUUUGGAUCAUCUAUUAAUGUGAUUUCAUAUGAGUCAUCUAGACAAGACAACCUUUAGAACGUAUUGUUCAAGCAAAAGUAUUUGUAACAAGUAAUUUUAUAAAUUCUUUGUGAUAACCUAGAUCGCUCUU